AUGGCUUCCAGUCCAAACGAUUCGGAUCCGAACUCCCAGCAAGGGGACGGCGAUCCGAAUCCAAAUAUCAGUCCUCAAGAAGAGCUGGACUUCUCGAUUUUAUUUGAUUAUGACUAUUCGCAUCCAAUAGCAGAAGAACCGACUCCUUCACAUAAAAUCAUCAGCCCACCCACUGGAGUUACUUACCCUCAUGAUGAUGUCUCGGAUUAUGGCCUCAAGCCAUACCCCUUCGCUUUGUCUAGCCUUUCGGCAGAUCACAUGGGCAGAUAUGGACAGCCAGAUAGCAUAGGGUCAAAAUGCUACUUGGACCCUCUCAAGGCUGCAGGUCCCCCUACCUUGAGCCCUAGGAUUGAGAUAACACCAUCUUAUGAACUGAUUCACUCGGGGGGGCCCUUCAGCAGCAGAGACACAGAUCUAUUGGUAGAGCAUCAGUCCAGCUCAGCUACUGCUAGCCCAAGGUUUACCCUGCCAGUCCCUGGCUUUGAGAGCUACCGAGAACCGCUGUGCCUGAGCCCUCCUAGCAGUGGCUCCUCUGCAAGCUUCAUUUCAGAGACAAAUUUCUCUCCUUAUACUUCACCAUGCGUUUCACCAAAUAAUGGCCCUAGUGAUGACCUUUGUCCACAGUUUCAAAACACCCAUGCUCAUUAUUCCCCUAGAACCUCGCCAAUAAUGUCCCCACAAGCAACUGUCGUGGAGGAUACCUGCUUGGGGCCACGUUCACCAUCACCACGUCCCAACUCAAGGUCGUCAUCGCCAGGUGCAAAACGGAGGUACUCUUGCACUGAGCUCUACGGGAGUCAGCACCCGAACACUUCUCCACGGCAAUCGAGGACCCCUUCUCCACAGGCCUCUCCCCACAUCUCCUUGAGAGAAGAAGGAGCAACAGUCACUUACACCCAGUUGUCCACCUCCUCUAGUCUCAUGGAUGCAAUGAACAAUCUCACCACUGAUCCUUCCUGUGGAGUUCCCACAAAAAUAUGGAGGACCACCCCGGAUCCUUCGCCGAUGGCUUCCCACAAAGCCAGUAUGCCAUGUCAUGUGCUUCAACCCAUUGAAUACAUUGGGUCUUGUGAGCAGGACAACCGAAGGAACCCACCACCAGAUUCAAUCCUUUUAGUGCCACCAUCUUGGCCAAAGCAGCUGAUGCCUGCGAUACCCAUCUGCAGCAUUCCUGUUCAGUCUCUUCCACCGCUUGAGUGGCCCCUUUCCAGCCAUUCAGGCUCUUACGAAUUACAGAUUGAGGUGCAACCCAAACCCCACCAUCGGGCUCAUUAUGAGACAGAAGGGAGUCGAGGGGCAGUCAAAGCACCAACAGGGGGACACCCUGUGGUUCAGCUUCAUGGUUAUAUGGACCACAAGCCGCUGGGCCUUCAGAUCUUCAUUGGAACAGCAGAUGAGCGGAUUCUUAAACCACAUGCUUUUUACCAAGUCCAUCGCAUCACGGGGAAAACAGUCACUACCACGAGCUUUGAGAAAAUCAUUGGUAACACCAAAGUGCUGGAAAUCCCUCUGGAGCCAAAAAACAACAUGAAAGCAACCAUUGACUGCGCAGGAAUUCUCAAGCUGAGGAAUGCAGACAUUGAAUUACGGAAAGGAGAAACAGAUAUUGGCCGAAAGAACACUCGUGUGCGAUUGGUGUUCCGUGUGCAUAUCCCUGAAUCCAGUGGCCGGAUAGUGUCUUUGCAAAUUGCAUCCAACCCCAUUGAGUGCUCCCAACGCUCUGCUCAUGAACUUCCGAUGGUUGAAAGACAAGAUGUUGACACCUGCCUUGUAUAUGGUGGACAGCAAAUGAUUUUAACUGGCCAGAAUUUUACUGCAGAAUCCAAAGUCGUCUUCACAGAGAAGACACCAGAUGGGCAGCAGGUUUGGGAGAUGGAGGCCACAGUGGACAAAGAUAAGAGCCAAUCUAAUAUGCUGUUUGUAGAGAUUCCAGAAUAUCGGAACAAGCACAUUCGUGCCCCUGUCAAGGUGAAUUUCUAUGUGAUCAAUGGGAAACGGAAAAAAAGUCAGCCACAGCAUUUUACCUACCAUCCAGUGCCUUCCAUCAAAACAGAGCCUAUUGACGACUAUGAUCCAAGUUUAAUCUGCAAUACAGUACACAGUGGUCUGAGAACAGUAACACAGCCUUAUUAUUCACAUCAUACAAUGGUCUCAGAAUCUCCUUCCUGUCUUGUGGCUACAAUGGCUUCUUGCCAGCAGUUGCAUUCAAAUCUCUCUUCUCCUGAAUCCCAAUAUCCUUCACAAAACCCAGGAGCUAUAAUAUAUCAAAGAAGCAAGAGUCUCAGUCCAAGCCACCUGGGCUACCAGCAGUCCAACUUGAUGGGUGCCCAGGUUUCCAUCCCAGAUGUUCAUAGGUCAGUGCUCAUGCACACAGGGUCCCCUAGCCAAAGUUCAGCGAUGCUCCAUCAUUCUCCAGCUAAUCAGCCAUCUUCUCCAGUGAUUCAUUGCUCUCCCACAGCCAAUCAUCAGCUGAGAUGUGAAAGCCAUCAAGAGUUUCAGCAUAUAAUGUGUAGUGAAAAUUUCACAUCCAGUGGAGUGAGGCCCCACCAGCCUCAGGUGAGCCAAGCACAAAGGUUAAGCCCAAGUUCAUAUCCCACUGUGAUUCAGCAGCAGAGAACAGCCAAAAACGGACCACCAGUAAGUGAUCAGAAGGAAGUGGUGUCAGCUGGAGUCACUGUAAAACAGGAACAGAAUCUCGACCAAGCUUAUUUGGAUGAUGUUAAUGAAAUUAUCAGGAAAGAGUUUUCUGGACUCCCUGCCAGAAGUCAGACAUAGAAGAUGAGAUUUGUGAGACAACUUUUGCAGAAUUCUUCCAUACCUGACUUCUUAGAUUCUUCUCCUGUCCUGCCUGCCUUUUGUUUCCUCAACCGAUCAUCUCAAGGCACCGGUUCAACACCAGGAACAAUGCACUGGCAUCCUGCUGACAGUUCUGAGUAAGCCACUCAGCACCUCUCGCUGCACACAUGAAACAAAACUCUCUUCCUUCUGUCCAAAGAUCAUGCAGUUCUCACGUAACCUUGCAAGUGCCUGACGCAGCUUAUUGAGAUGUCUAUGGAUGCAUACAUGGAUUGGAAACAGCAAUGGGGAGAAGGGGCAUCAGUCCAGAAACUUGUGUUGAGCUGAAGUAUGGUUGUGUAUGUGAAUGCAUGUUAUGGACGCUGGAUGAAUUUUAUAAUUGCCAACUCAACAGAAAACCAUGAGCUAGAUUUCUCAAAUGGUCACAUACACAGCCAGAAACAAAAUUUAAAACUUUGAGCACUCAAGCCUUGAACCCCCCGAAUGUAAGGGGACAGAUCUGCAUUUCCAACAUUAUUUUUAUUCUUUUCCAAACAGAAGCAUGGCCCUUACUCUGCACAGUUUCACAGGUGUUUUUAAAAAACCCUCGCAGUGCAACAAGGAGGCUGCUGCAAUGGAAAACAGAUGAAAAUCAU